GUUGUGUUACGCUAAUUCGUAAAUAAGCAGUUCCAUAAUUUGAGAUAUUAUCCGAAGUGAGAGAAAUUGAAAUGUAUCGCGCGAAAUCUAAAUAUUUGCUCGUUUUCGCGUAAUGCUGUUGGUUUGAAAACCAUAAAGGUGACAUUUUUUUUCAAUUACAUAAUCUGUAUUCUCAAAGAUGAUUUUUAAUCAUCUCUUGAAAGGAACACAAAGAACUAACUUAUUCUGCUAUUUACAAAAUAAUCAACACCAACUAUUUUCAUGGCCUGAUAAUUUUGGAAUGCGAAAAAUUACGUUUUCGAAAAAAUGUGCCAAAACACUUUUUUCUUCAAAUAAUUCGGCUGCUGACUUUAAAAAUGUUUUCAACAUUUUGAAGAGAAAUAGAUGCACAAUUUAUUUUUCAAAAACUGGCCUUGUGCUGAGAAGCAAUGCAUUUUCAAAACAAAUGGCUUUGCGUGGUUUCAAGACAUCCUCUAAAGCUCUAUCAUCUUCACAAGAUCCUAAUAAAAAGGAUGAUGAUGAAGAUGAAAUGAAGGGGAUGUUUUUGAAAUCUUUGAUGUGGUUGGCUACGGCAUAUGCUGUGAUAGUUGUGAUGUCCACUAUAUUUCCAAGUACUAAUCAACCUGAAGUUCUACGCUAUGUAUCUUGGCAUGAAUUUGUGUAUCACAUGCUAGCCAAAGGAGAAGUGGAACAAAUAAUUGUUAGUCCAGAGGCUGAUCUUGUUACGAUUUAUGUUCAUGAUGAUGCAAUCAUAAAGGGCAAAAAGGUUGAGCAUAAAACGUAUCAUAUGAAAAUUGCAGAUAUUGAAAAAUUUGAAGAAAAAUUGAGAGAGGUUGAGAAGAAUUUGGGAGUUAUGUUUGGACAAGGAGUAUCAGUGGCAUAUGAAAGGCGACGUGAAAAUGUGGGCUUACUUUUAACUGUUCUGCUAAUUCUUUCUCUUAUGAUAUUAGCUUUUUUCAAGAACGUACAGAUAAAAACUCCAAAUUCAAUGGACUUUUUUUCUCAACUUGGAAGAGCUAAAUUUACGAUUGUGGAUUCUCUGACUGGAUCUGGGAAAGGUGUUCAAUUUAAAGAUGUGGCGGGCUUGAAAGAAGCAAAAGUGGAAAUUAUGGAAUUUGUAGAUUAUCUCAAGCAACCUGAAAAAUACAAAGUUUUGGGUGCUAAAAUUCCCAAGGGUGUUUUGUUAUUAGGACCUCCUGGUUGUGGUAAAACCAUGCUUGCUAAAGCAGUUGCUACUGAAGCCAAAGUGCCAUUUUUGGCAAUGGCAGGAUCUGAAUUUAUUGAAAUGAUUGGUGGUCUUGGUGCUGCAAGAGUAAGAGAUUUGUUUAAAGAAGGCAGAAAAAGAGCUCCAUGUAUUAUAUACAUAGAUGAAAUUGAUGCUAUUGGGAGAAAAAGGAGUGGAAGUUCUGUCAGUGAAGGUGUUACUGGUGAAGGAGAGCAAACGUUGAAUCAGCUUUUGGUUGAAUUAGAUGGUAUGGCAACUAAAGAAGGUGUAAUAAUGCUUGCAUCCACAAAUAGAGCUGAUGUAUUAGAUAAGGCAUUACUUCGGCCAGGACGAUUUGAUAGACACAUUCUCAUUGAUCUGCCUACUUUAAUAGAAAGAAAAGAAAUUUUCGAACAGCACUUAAAAUCAGUUGCUUUAGAAAAAUCACCGGAAACCUACUCUGAAAGGUUGUCUCAAUUAACACCUGGAUUUAGUGGAGCUGAUAUUGCUAAUGUUUGUAAUGAAGCAGCUUUAUAUGCAGCUCGUUUCAAGAAGAAGAAAAUUACUUCAAAUGAUUUGGAAUAUGCUGUUGAAAGAGUUGUUGGUGGUACGGAAAAGAGAACUCAAGUUAUUUCUCCACAGGAGAAAAGGGUAAUUGCUUUUCAUGAAUGUGGACAUGCUCUUAUGGGAUGGCUUUUAAAAUACACUGAUGCUCUUAUGAAGGUUUCAAUUGUUCCCAGGACUACUAAUGUGUUAGGAUUUGCUCAAUACCUUCCAUCAGACCAGAAACUUUAUUCAUCAGAAGAACUCUUUGAAAAAAUGUGUAUGGCACUUGGUGGACGUGUGGCUGAAUCAAUUACCUUUAAUCGAGUCAGCACAGGUGCACAGGAUGAUCUGAAGAAAGUAACAAAAAUGGCUUAUGCUCAAAUCAAACAGUAUGGAAUGAAUGAAGUUAUAGGUCCACUGUCUUUUCCAUCAGAUGAAGAAAUGAAUAGAAAUUUCAUUGGAAAGAAACCUUAUAGCAUGCGACUGGCUCGUACCAUGGAUGAACAAGCUAGAGCAUUAGUUGCUAGAGCAUACAAGAAAACAGAGACUGUAUUGAUUGAAAACAAAGAAAAAUUGAAUUUGCUAGCUGAAGAGCUUUUGAAAAGUGAAGUUUUAAAUUAUUCAGAUGUGGAAAAGUUAAUUGGACCACCAGCACAUGGCAAAAAGCAACUCAUAGAAAUGGUAGAUUUUGGACCCAUGGAGGAAGAAUCAACUAAAAAAGCAAAAACGCCACCAGAAACAGAUGCUUAGUUGUGUAACAUUUCUGUAUAAAUAUGUAAAUAAAUCUAAAUCUAUUGUAUUAACUUAUUAAAAUCAGUUGAAAUAAAUAUUUA